UUCUUCGUAACCUGUAAUCAUCGAUGAAAAUGUAACGUACACUUUUUUUUGUUGCGUUGCAUUAGCAAGCAUAGCAAGAACACGCAUAAUUACAAUUGAUUGAUAACGAUCGGCGAAGGGGCAACGAAUGCAUUGUUGCCUCGCGUCGCGACCGGAGUUAUAGCUCGUCGAAGCUUAAUUUCCGAGUAGCGUCGCUCGCACGGUAAUCGUUUCGCCUUUGACGAGAAAACGUUCGCGCUGCGUGGUCCGAUCCCGUGCGAGAUAAUGCGCGCAACUUCCAUCAGCACUUCCGUCGAGAUCGGCCUCCGCUUCGUCGGAAUCUGGCCGGGUUUGCCGUACGGAACAAUCACUUGGUCCGCGUACAUGACGAGCCUGGUGUUCGCGCUGUACUUUCAGUACGUGUACAUCUUCGGCCACUUCGACGUCUACAACAUCUCGAAUCUCAUGGAUGCGCUUAGUAUCACGCUGUCUUAUAGCCUCGGUUUCCUGAAGCUGGCCUCCCUCUGGUCGAACCGCAGGAUAUUUUAUGAUAUCCUGCUAGCGAUGGAGGAGGAUUGGAGCAACGUUGACAUUUACGACAAACGGGUGUCGUGCAUCAUGGCGAGUAAUGCCAACCUGUCGCGUCGUUGCUCGAACGUGUUAAUCAGCAUUAACGCUACGGCGGCCCUUUCCUACUCCAUGACCAGUCUUCUGCGCUCGGCCGAUUUUCAGGAGGAUCUGAACGUUAGCUCGAGAGAGUUACCUAUAAAAAUGGAAUUUCCCUUCGAAGUUGACGCGUCUCCCCUCUUCGAGCUUUUAGCGGUCGGCCAGGUUCUUCAUGUAGUGUCGAUCGCUGCUUUAGUCGCUAUGAUGAAUUGCCUGAUCAUCACGCUGGUACUUCACGUAAGCGGGCAGAUCGAUAUUCUUCGUCGAGAAUUGUUGACAAUGUGCGACAACGGAACUUCGCAGUGCGAUUCAAUCGUCGCAAGUGUCAAGCUCCUGAUUAUCCGGCAUCAAAGAAUAAUAACGCUUUCGGACAAUAUUGAGGAGCUCUAUUCCGACAUCGCGCUGAUGCAGUUCCUGUCGAAUACCAUUGUCAUCUGUUGCAUCGGCUUCACCAUCAUAGGCUCCAUUGGUAACGAGGGAGCCGUGGUGAUGUUGAAAUCCGUUAUUUUUUACGUCGCCGUAACGUUGGAAGCCUUUAUCUUUUGUUUCGCUGGAGAAUACCUUAGCGCCAAAAGCAAAUCGAUUGGUGAUGCAGUGUACGGGGCGCUCUGGUACAACAUGACACCUGCCGAGUGUCGAAUUCUAUCAUUUGUGAUACUAAGAUCGCAGAAGAGAUUGACGAUCACUGCUGGAAACAUCAUGGACCUUACUCUAGAAGGAUUUACGAGCGUGAUGAAAGCAUCAGCUUCGUAUAUGUCGGUGCUGCACGCGAUGUAUUAAACGAGGCUGUGGAUAACAAUUACUUGUGCCAAGCGCAUCCAUCGUGGUUACCGGCGUAUUGGACGGACAGUACCAAGUGUAGCAUCACUGUUGCAGCGAAAGCCGUUCUAAAUAAAUAUACGGAAAAAGGAAUAUAAAACAAUUAUAGCAAAAUAUAGAAAUAAAUAUAUAUAUAUCUAUUUAUA